CUCAGUCUUGAAGCGCAUGCACUGAGAGUAGGAGUGUGAACGAAUGCCCUGAAACAAAGUAGCAUGAAUAUAUGCUGAACUAUUUAAUAUUAAUAAAGUUAAAAUGAAACGGAUUAUUUAUAGUUUGCUUCUUCUUCCCUUUUCAGUUUUAGGGUCUCCGCCAGUAAUCACAGAGAGCCCUAGUGACCAAACUGUAAGCAGGGGUGCUCCUGCUACCCUUAGCUGUGGUGCCCGGGGGGACCCGGAGCCCCUGAUAUCCUGGUAUAAGGACGGAGUACUGUUGAACCUUGAGGAUGGAGGAGAUCAUGUUGUUCUUCUACCAGGAGGAGCACUCUUCUUUCUCAGAACAGUAGAGAACCUAAAGGCCCGGGAUAGUGGUAUGUAUCACUGUAGAGCUGAGAACAGGGAUGGAUGGGUAGACAGUAGGAGAUCUAGACUAGAAGUUACAUAUUUGAAAAGUAAGUUCGGAGAAGUGUCGCGUAGUAUUAUAUCAAGAGAGGGAGAUAUUUUGCGCAUAUCCUGUAGUCCACCCGAGGGUAGUCCUCCUCCUAAGAUAUACUGGGAGAAGGACGGUAUGACUUUAGUCUCUGACGAUUAUUUUGUCAUUGAAGAAAGCGGCGAUCUUCUAAUCGCCGAGGCAGGCGUAGAGGAUACCGGAAGUUAUGUUUGCUUGGCGAGCAACGCCGACACAACCCGCCGCGAUUCUCCGAUCAGUGUGAAGGUAGCGCGACGAGCAGUAGUGAUCGAACGGAAAGUAGUUCCAGAAAUCCCCGAGAUUUCCGAAAGCUUUAUGCUGGACUCGGUUACAGGGUUGGUACACUGGUUACCUUUGAAAGAUGUUACAGCGUACACUGUACGUCUAACCGCUAAUACUGAGGAGGUAACGAACAUAACUGUUGAAGACGAUGUUUCCCAAGUAAAACUGCACAGCCUGGACCCCAGUCUAGUGUACAGUGUACGUGUGGCCGGUGUGUACGGAGAUAUUACUGGGAGCUACAGUGCUCCCCGCCAACUCCGUUAUAAAACCCACGAGGUCGUCUUAGUAAACAAUACGGAAGAAAUACCAAUCAAAAUAUGGGCUAUUGCGAUGGCUAUAGUUAUUGUAGUCACUCUCACCAUUGUAAUGGCUGCAGCUCUGCUCUGCUAUAAAACCAAGAAAAUGCGAAAUCGUCAUAUUCCGCCAACCUGCUCGGAAUACGGACGGAACGUAAGUUGGGAUCGUCGUUGGGAUGAACACAGUCCAACAACAUCAUUCCGAUCUCAAAAUCGUCUGCUACAGAGUGCGUACGACUACGCAAUCCCCUCUGUUCACCAGCAACAACAACAGCAGCAGCAGUACCAGUACAGCGGAUCCAACCAUUAUGCGUCAAAUACUAUUCUAAAACCAUCCGUGAACAUACUCAAACCAUCAUACUACGAACCAUUAAACUUAAAGCAUAUUGACACUUCGAAUUCAUCCUUUGAAAGCGAUUAUAAAACCCCUCACGAUGUAUCACAUCGUUAAAUGCUUGUUUCACAGUGAUAUUGACGCGGUGUACGCCGCCCAACUUUUUAUACAUUCAGUUUAAAAGUCAUUAAUCAUAUAUCUUUGUAAAUAUCUAACUAUGUUCGUCAAAUAUAUCUCUAUUAGUUUAAA